ACUAGUUCGCUCAUACUUCAAUCAACACAAACGGUUUUCAAAGAAUUGCCCGAGGAGGAACCAGUCACAGAAUCUGUAAAAAGUACUGAAAGUGUGCAAACUGGCAAGUCAUCUUCUCCACUUCAGUCUAUCUUUUGUCCAGUGAUUCGUCAACAAGUCAGAGGGCUUUUGCCGUCGACCGAGUUGGGACUAUUCGCGCUCGGUUCACGGUUGUUGUAUCCUCUUCUGCUGCUUCUGCCCUUUCUUGUGCUCCAAAAGAAGCAAAGCGGCUGGUAG